AGGAAAAAUCCUGGUGAAAAACCUGCCCCAGGACAGCAACUGCCAGGAAGUUCACGAUUUAUUACAAGACUAUGAGUUAAAGUAUUGUUAUGUGGACAGAAAUAAGCGAACAGCAUUUGUUACCUUAUUGAAUGGGGAACAAGCCCAGAAUGCAAUUCGGAUGUUUCAUCAAUAUUCUUUUCGAGGAAAAGACUUAAUAGUACAGCUACAGCCAACAGAUGCUUUGCUGUGUAUUACCAACUUGCCCACUUCUUUUACAUUAGAAGAGUUUGAAGAACUUGUUCGUGCGUAUGGAAACAUUGAGAGAUGUUUUCUGGUCUACAGUGAAGUCACUGGCCAUUCCAAAGGCUAUGGAUUUGUGGAAUACAUGAAAAAGGACUUUGCUGCAAAGGCUAGAUUGGAGCUAUUGGGCAAACAGUUGGGAGCAUCAGCUCUCUUUGCACAAUGGAUGGAUGUCAAUCUAUUGGCCGCAGAGCUCAUUCAUUCUAAGUGCCUUUGUAUAGAUAAACUCCCUACUGACUACAGAGAUUCAGAGGAGCUGUUGCAAUUUUUUUCCAGUAUCCAUAAACCUGUGUUUUGCCAGCUUGCACAGGAUGAAGGUAGCUACGUUGGUGGCUUUGCAGUGGUUGAAUAUAGCACUGCGGAGCAUGCUGAGGAGGUUCAGCAAGCCGCCGACGGCAUGACCAUCCAGGGGAGCAAAGUGCAAGUUUCCUUCUGCGCCCCAGGAGCCCCAGGGCGAAGCACGUUAGCCGCGUUGAUAGCAGCUCAACGCGUGAUGCACAGUAAUCAGAAGGGCUUACUUCCAGAGCCAAAUCCUGUACAAAUUAUGAAGAGUUUAAACAAUCCUGCCAUGUUACAGGUUCUUCUCCAACCCCAACUCUGCGGGCGAGCUGUUAAACCAGCAGUUCUUGGAACACCUCACAGCUUGCCACAUCUGAUGAAUCCAUCCAUCUCCCCUGCAUUUUUACAUUUGAAUAAAGCACAUCAGAGCUCAAUUAUGGGUAAUACUUCUAAUUUAUUCCUUCAGAGUCUCUCCCAUGUAUCACUGGCACAGCAACAAUUAAUGAAGUUUGAGAAUAUUCAUACUAAUAAUAAACCGGGCUUACUUGGAGAUCCCCCAGCGAUGGUACUUCAGGCUGCAGUAGGAAUAGGGUCAGCACUUCCCUUGAAAACAGAGUUGGGUCAUCAUGGAGAAGCACAUAAAACAUCUAAUCUGAUUCCAACUCAAACAACUCUAACAGCUGGAAUGGGCUUAUUACCGUUCUUUCCAAAUCAGCACAUUGCUGGACAAGCUGGGCCAGGGCAUGGGAAUACUCAGGAGAAACAGCCAGCCUCCGUGGGAAUAGCAGAAGGAAAUUUCUCAGGGUCACAGGCUUAUCUUCAGAGCUUUCCGAACCUUACUGCUGGAGGUUUGCUGGCAGGACACCAUAAGCAACAACAGAGUCAGCCAAAAAGCACAGAGAUGAGUUCAGGGGCUGCCUCUAAGAAUCAGACUUCACUGUUGGGAGAGCCGCCAAAGGAAAUCCGGCUGAGUACAAAUCCCUACCUAAACCUGGCCAGUGUGCUGCCCAGUGUGUGCUUAUCAUCCCCUGCAAGUAAAACCACUCUACAGAAGACUGGAAUUACGAGCAACAUUCUGGAGGCAAUCUCUCAGGAAAAUGAAUCACAACACACAUUGGAAAAGUGCAUUGCGUAUUCUCAGCCUUUUGGUGAUUAUGCACAGGUGUCAUCUUUAAGAAAUGAAAAGCGAGGUUCAUCUUAUCUCAUCUCUGCCCCAGAAGGUGGUUCUGUGGAAUUUGUUGACCAGCAGUCUCAGGGCACAGGAGCAUAUUACAUGGAGACCUACUUAAAAAAGAAGCGUGUGUACUGAGCUAAGUUCUCUCCUUAUAUAACCUCCUAUGGCUCUUUGAGUAUCUCUGCUGUUCAUCGCUGCCUUAACUACAUUCAUACUAGCCAUAUCCUUUAAAUACGGGUUUAUAAUUUCCCAGAAGGAAUUGUGUUGUGCAGCAGGCAGAAUUGCCAAAUAAAAAGUAAGUAGCAAUAAGAAGGGACCUUUUCCAAUAGAAGUAGAUGCAUCUUAAUCAAUGCGGUAUUAACUUAUAGUCCAGUGCAGAAAUUAACAAUAUUCCUUAUUUUAGGAUUGGGAAUAAUUGUGACACCAUACAUAAAAAUUUGAAGCAAUAAAUGGGAAACAGUCUUGUUUCCUGGGCCUUAGAAGAGUUUCUUACAUGCCAAUGUGCAUUUCUAUUUACCUUCCCUAGAAGUAAUCUUAUUUAUAGAUUUUUAGAAUUACAAGAGUACAAGUACAAAAUGCAGCAAUACUGAAAAAAAGAUGCUAUACAUGCAAACUAAAUUAUUAGCCACAUACACCAGCCAUGUAAUAUAAAACCCCCCCAGAGAGUGAUACCCUGGUAUACACUACCACAGAUUCCUUACUUCUAAUAUGUUAUUAACCAUAUAUGCCUUUUGUGAAAAAACAAGGUAUUUUAAGAAAAGUAGCUUUGAUGCUAUUACUUAAGCGGGUGGCAAACCAUACCCUGCGAUUAAUUUCAGUCCUCCACCUGCUUUUGUACAGACUACAAACUAAGAAUGAUGUUUACAUUUUUAAAUGGUUGGAGGAAAAAUGAAAAUUUUAGGAAAUUGUGUCCAUACAUAAAAUUUUUUGG